AUGUCAUCCUGCAUAUUCAUAGUCGAUGAGAACCUGGAACCUUUAGUAUCGAAGAAUAUCAAGGCCGUACCGAAUCUUCAAGGAAUCCUGAGGCUGUUCAAGAGCGCUUACAAGACACAAUCAGCACCAGUGAUAUCCGCAGCAAACUUCCAUUUCGUUCAUGUGAAGAGGGAUUCACUUGUUUUCCUGGCAGCCAUUCAUACCUACGAUGCUGGUGCCAAUAUUAUGUCGAUUAGUACCUUUCUGGACCAGUUUCAUUUCCUGCUGAAGAAAUACCUUGGAGUCCAAUCUUUGGAUAGAAACAUGGUUUUGGAUAACGUGCUACUUGUAAUGGAGCUUAUCGAUGAGACUCUUGAUUUUGGAAUUGUUCAGGUCACAGACGCCAGCAUUAUGAAAGAUUACAUCAGAGUUAAAGUCAACUUGCCUGACGAUAAGAUUAUAGAAGGAUUGCCCGAUGACGAUGAUGAUAAUGAUGAUAAUGAUGAUGAGGAUCGUCAGGGCAAGAAUGUUGACAAGAGUAAGAGUGGAGAAGUGUCUGGGAAGCCUAAUCUGUACAGCUUUCUUCAGCAAACGAAACGCAAGACUUUUAGCGGGAAAUCUUCAAUUAGUGGCGGUAGUGCUCAGAAAAGUGAUGAUCAAAAUGAAGAAGUCUACAACAGCUAUAUCGCGAGGACGACAAUUAUGCCAGUGUCUUGGAGGGCAAAAGGGAUCCACUAUGGGAAGAACGAAUUCUUUUUGGAUGUUGUGGAACAAGUCCAAUACCUGAUGGAUUUCGAAUCCAAGAUCAUCAAAAAGAAUCUGAUCCAUGGAAAAAUCUGCUGCAAGUCUUACCUGUCGGGAAUGCCAAAAUUGACAAUUGCGUUGAAUAAACUAUCGCAACAAGAUGACCAGUUUUUAUCUCAUACCAAGUUUCACGAAUGUGUCUCGUUAGAAGCCCUAAACGAGAAAUCGAUUCAAUUCAUACCGCCUGACGGUGAUUUCGUAUUAUGUCAGUACGAACUUAAGCGCCAUGUUCGCGAUCAGCCCAUGCUUAAGCUAGUGUCAUUUAACGUGAAGCCUAAGCUGCAGAAGUUUAAAAUACAAGUCUCGCUGUCGAUUGAAACUCACUUCAAGGCACGUAAUACAACUUCCAAGUUAAGCCUUAAGCUCCCAUUAUCUCGUCUUUUUCAAGAAUAUCAAAUUGAUUUGAGUAAACCAGCAAGAUUCAAGAGUGACUCAGGCAAGGUACUGUUUAAUCUAAGCGAUGACUUUCUGUUGUGGGAAAUAGAUUCUAUGAGAGGGGGGCAUGGAGAGACUCAAUUGUCGAUGACUGCUGAGUUUUCUCUGUUUAAUAAGAAACAAUACGAUGAGGAGCAGCAAGCAUUAAGACAUUCUAUGAACCCGCCUCCAUUAAGGGAAGGUCCUAAAUUGGAGGAAUUGUACGAUCAAGUACACAGAGAAUCAGUAAAAUCAAAUUUAGCUUCGCGAUUGUUGACCAUCAACUUCGAGAUUCCUUACUGUGCAUGCAGUGGGUUGCAGGUCGAGUACUUAAAAAUUGUUGAGGAUCAAUUGCAGUAUCAGUCCUUUCCUUGGGUGAGAUAUAAAACCAUAAGCGACGAAGAAUAUGGAUAUUUUAUCUAA